AACAACAUUUUACCUAAUUAAAUUUAUCAAAAUUUAUUCUUCAGCCUUAAAUCUCAAGCUAACAUCACAUGAAAGUAGUGUUAAUCCUCUAAUGUAACACCAAACAAUCAAACAAGAUUUUGCUAAGUGAUAAGGUGUCUAAGCUAUUUUUAAAACAGCCUCCUUUGAGGAUUGUCAGCAAUUAUAGUGUAAUACUUUCCAAACUGCUGCUGUAACCGCCCUUGAAUAACCAUGUGCAGGAAGGACAUCGAGAUCAGUUUCAACCUGAGAAUCAAAGAAGUGGAAGAUCGUUUCUCGUGUGAUCAGGAAUCUGUUGCACAGCGUUUUCAGGCUGAUGUUUUGAAACUUGAACAGCACUACCAAAGAGAGUUGGAGGCUCUUUCUGAAAGCCACGCCAAGCAGAAGCUUGAAUGGGAAGCAGAGAUGCAGAAGGCUCUCGAGAGAGCAGAGGAACAAAGACAAAUGAUGGAGGAGGCAGCGGAGGGGGAAAGACAGAGAUUAAAUCAGGAGUGGACAAAAGAAAGGGGGGAGCUAGAAAGUGUUCACGAAGAGCAAAUGGAAGCACUGAUGAAUGAGAGAAAGCAGCUGCAAAAUGAGCUCGAUGACUUGAUUAGCAAGGCUCAGACCAAAGAAAUAGAGCUCAGCAAGCAGCUGAAUGAUCUCCAUAACAGGCUUCAGGAAAGCCUGAAAACCAAACAUGAGCUUCUUGUUCAGACUGAGCUCCUGUUGAACCAAACAGUCGAUGAUUUUAAACAGGAGAGGGAAGAACUUCUGAGUAGUAAUUCAGAACUUGAGUCAAAGUACAAUGAGGUGCUUUCUAUUUCAGAAAGGCAGACAGCAGAGAGGAUUGAACUUUUAAAUGAGCACGAUGAUUUAAAGAUGAAGAUCGAAGAGCUGGAGAUGCUUCUUAAGCAGGCCGCAGUGGACUUUGAGCUUGACAGACGUGAGCUACAGGAAAGUGUGUCGAUCCUUGAGCAAAAGUUAAAAGAUCCAGUUGAAAUUAAGGCAGAAGAGUUUAAAGCAGAGAGAGAUGCGCUUAAAGUAAGAGUUAAAGAGCUGGAGAUGGAAGUCCAAAAGCUUUCGUCUUCUGUGGAAAAUGUGGAAGAGACAGAGAUGAAGGAAUUGAAGGGGAUGAACACAUUUAUGGAGGAGAUGCUACACAACAGAGAAUGUGUUUCUUUAUUUGGUGAAGAAACGCCCGAAUUUCUGGAUGAACAAGAUAGCGAUGAAGAGACUUUAACAGGGACUCUGUAUGCAGGAGAUGAAGCCACUGAAAACGUGGAGGUUUUUGGCGCAAACAAUGAAGAUGGCUCUGCUACCAGUGACGUUCGGGGAGACGGGGAGUUAAUGGGUGCUAGUGAAAACCAAGAACACCAACAAAAUAUCGUGCAAGAAGAUAUGAAAGAGACUCAUGAAUUGUGGCCUGCAAAUGCUGAUGGGUUUCAGGGAUGUGGUGAUGAUAUUGAUGUUACCGAUUUCCCCGAGCAAGUUGAACUUUAUCACACAGGCUGCGAGUUGGCACCUUCUGAUCACCCCGAGUCCGAAUCCACAGAAAACAAAAAUGAAGCCGUUUUCCCAGAGAUGAAAUGCGGGCCCGUCUCAUCACUUGAGGCCUUUGAGGAUGGUGAGAACAAAGCAACUCUUGAAUUAUGUAAAGAGAACAAUCCUCAAGAUGUAGCAGCAGUGGGGUUUGAAAGCUGUUCCCAGGAAGAUGAGCAACAUCAUGAGACUGUGGUUGUGCCCUCAACACUGGAGGAGAGAGGUAACCCUGGCGAACCGUGUCUGGAGGAUGCUGAGGUUAACCGUUUACUGAAUAGCUCCCCAGAUUCUGACUGUGAACAUUUACUCACAGAAAUAAAGGGGGAAAAUGUUAAAUGUGGACAUGAAUGUGUGGAUCAAGACUCUGAUUGUGAGCAGCAGGAGCACUCUUUGCUGAAACUACAGGCUUUCUAUAAUACGACCACAGAGGAGAACAUUCUCCUGCAUGAGAAGAUUUCUUUGCUUCAGCAGAAGACGGAAAUACUAGAGAACCUGCUGGCUCAUAACAAUGAAAAGAUAAAGGCUGGGCACCAGGUGUUAGAGGAAAACUACAGCCUCAAAGUUAGAAUGUUGCUGUUAAUGGAGCAUGUCAAAGAGCUGGAGAUGAAGGCCUUGAAAAUGACAGAUCUUCAGAUUAGGUAUGAAGAUUGCAUGUGUGAAAAUACCAAACUGAAGGAGCAAAAUGGUGAACUUGAGAAAAGGGUGUGGAGCCUUGAGAGCAGGAUCAAUAUUUUCCACAGUUUUAAAGAGCAGCAAAUUUCACUUGUGGAUGAGAUCAGCAGGAUGAGAGAAGAAAACGCUAAACUGUCUGAGCUGUUCAGCGAAUUAGAAAGGCAGGAUGGGAUUCUUUCAGCCUUUGGCCUAGAUGCUGAACGACUGGAGAGCCCCUCAGUGGAGGCUUUUCUGGAUUUAGAUGGGGAGCUGGAGGUGAAUGUCGAUGCAGUGACUGAUCUUGAAGACUGCUGUAAGAAAUUGGAGAAGCAGAACACGCAACUUCACCGAACCAUCACAGAGCUACAAGACAAGUCACAGACAUUAAACGAAGUGACGCAGGCUCAUAGGUAACAUGGAGAAAAUUAGGAUCCCUUUGUCUUCUGUGGCUGGUGUUACCCCCAUCCUUUAGUGCUGUGAAGUUGAAGCUGCGACUGAGCUCCUAAACCCUCUGUAGCAGAUCCUGACAGUUUUUGUCCCCGUAGGUCAUCAGGGGAAAAGCAAGAAGUCGUUUAGUGUGUGUAAACUGUAGAGUUGCUUAUAAUCGGUGUGUUGCAAUCCGUUUGGUGAUUCACAUAUGUACUAAACGUGCAUCGUGUGUGAUGGAUUCCUGCAGUUUCACUGAAUUUAUUUUCCUGAC